GGGAUGGAGGCAUCAGGAAUAUAGACGAGCACACUGGUCACCUCCACUACCAUACCAUCACUAGCGACAAGAGCCCUUCUUUCAGGAGGACAUCCGUCUGAUCCUCGAUAUGGCAGAGGGAUCUCGGCGGCCUAGGCUCCGGGUCGAGGCGAAGCUACCACAUCGCCAGGAUCUCGAAGUAGUCGAGGGUCUCUCGCAGCUGGCCCCGAGCAUUCAGUCGGACAUAGAAGACAAAUAUGCCUCUCUGCAAGCAUCAGAAAGUGUACAAGAGAUGCUAAGCGCAAGAGCAGCUCGACAGCUUCAUUCCAGACUACCACCAUCAGAAGGACGACUAGCCAGCAGGCCGCGUCUGCGGCAUCACCCGCCAGAUGUCCCCUCAAGUGACUGUUUGGCACCUCUUACCAGAUUCAAGAGUCCGUCUGUGCGAGCAAGCAUACAUCUUAUCCCUUUGCUUCUGCUCCUACUCGCUUCUCUGUCCAUCCUCACUCCAGCCGAUGCACAAGCGCAGCGGCCUCCACAAGCCGUCUCACGCUCCUACCCCCACCUCGCCUCCUCCUCCCUCUCCUCUCUCCUGUCCCUCUCCGACCCAGCUCCCUACAUAGACCAUCGUUCUCCCACCUCUUUCCUCUCCCGAAUCCUCAUACCACGCGUCGCAGGCUCCCCAGGUAUCGCAAAAGUGCGGCAGAUCAUACUAGAUGUGUUUCAGAAAGAUCUCGCAGCCUCACGUCAGCACGGCCGCUCGGGGUGGCACACUGAGGAGCACACAAUCGAGGACAAUACACCACUCGGUCGUCUCUCCUUUACCAAUCUCAUCUUCACAAAGAAUCCACGAGCAUCCCGACGUCUCGUGCUCGCCGCGCACUACGACUCGAAAUACUUCAGCAGGGGGAACUUUCUGGGAGCAACGGAUAGUGCAGCCCCAUGCGCAAUGCUGGUGGAUGUGGCCGUUGCGCUGGAUGGGCUGAUGGAGGCGAAGAAGGACGAUGACCUGACACUACAGCUCAUCUUCUUUGAUGGAGAAGAGGCAUUCAAGGUCUGGACGCACACGGAUAGUACUUAUGGCAGCAGAGCUCUCGCUGCCAACUGGUCCCAAACCUACUUCACACCUCAAACUUCGCCAUCCCCCUCUUCCAACCCCUCACGUCGCCGAAUCAUGUCCACCCCUCAAUCCCCACUAAGGAAAAUCGACUCCAUCGAGCACUUUGUCCUUCUGGACCUGCUGGGGGCAAAAGAACCCGAGGUGCCCUCAUAUUUCGCCUCGACGGAUUGGCUGUACAGGGAAUUGGUCGAGGGGGAAAAGAGGCUGAAUGAGGGGGGAGUGCUCCUCCCACGGACUUGGAGUGGCGGCGAAGGAGACAAUGCCGACGGGUGGGAAGAGGCGGGGAAAGGUCCAUUGCUAGAGCACAGGAAGAAGGGCAAUCUCAAGUCUUUCUUCCCCGGGGGACCGGUCCUGACCUAUGGUGGGAUAGAAGACGACCAUCUUCCCUUUCUUGCAAACGGCGUGCCGAUCCUGCAUCUGAUCCCACGACCAUUCCCGCACGUGUGGCAUACGUUGAAGGACGACGCCUCUGCCCUCGACUACCCAACGACGCACGCCUGGAGCAUGCUCAUGCGGCUCUUCGUCGCCGAGUAUCUCGAGCUGGAUAUGCGUCAUGCUUCUUCAUUGAGCUCAAGCAAGAGAGAGUCCCAAGGCGGAGAAGAGGAGGAAGAAGCAGAGGAAGAGGGGUGGGGGGAUGAUUCUUGGUUGAGAGAGAAGAAAAAGGGGAGAGAGAGGGAGAGGCAGAGGGACGAACUGGUGAGUUUUAAACGCGCCCCUACCAAUAGUGGAGUGUGAGCCAUCCGAAGUAGAGGCUGAUCAGAUAUCAUCCUCCUCCCUUCCCCCCUCCCUCCUCUUCAUCUCGGCCCUCUUUCGCUCGCUUCGCACCCCCUUUCUGCUGUAUGCCAACCCUCGACGGGACGAUUGAUCAGCAGUGACGAGCUACAGUCUGAACCGCACCGCACCGCACUGCAUUCGGCUCAGGCUCAUGAAAGAAAGAGGUGGAGAGAUGGAGAGAUACCCCCCUACCCAUCCAUCCCACCUCGC